AUGGAGCGCCUCCUCGACCGCGAGUUCAUGCGCAUCGAGUGCGCGCUCGAGAAGAACUUCGAGUACCUCGAUAAGCUGGAUCGGCAGCGGGACGAGGCUCUGCUGCGCGAGUACGAGCGGUCCUUGGAGCCGCCGCCAGCCACAGAUGCCGCCAAGCCCAAGAAGAAGGCCGCGCCCAAGAACACGAGCAUGUAUGUCAUGGGCCUUACGACUUACAUUGCCUGCAAACAGCUCGAGAUGGUCUGUGCACGCCUUGGCCGCGUCAAGCGCCUCAAGUUUUACAAGGACGACCGCGGUGGGCUCAAGGGUGACGCACUGGUGACGUUCAUGACGCAUGCGAUGCUGGAAACCGCGAUCGCCAAGCUCAACAAUGCAGAGAUCAAGCCUGGUGUUCGCAUCACUGCAAAGGCGGCCGAGUUCAACAAGAAGGAAGAGGUGGAGCCGUCUCUUGCGCCGCUUGAGCCGCCGCCGAUGGCCGAAGGCGCCGACGCAGUCACAGCGUUUCUCAACGAAAUGCAGCAGCGGCUAUCCAUGCCAGUGGGUGCUGCACCAGACGCACCGGUCGUACGAGACGCACCAGUAGCCGCUGCACCCGUCGUCGGUCCGCCCGAGCUUCCGCCCACGGACGAGCACGUGCUCGAGACGCCGUCCCGCUCGAUUCUCUUGUACAACAUUGUCGACGAUGGCGACGACGAAGAGAACUUGGACUUGGAAGACGACUUGCAGAUGGAGUGCAGCAACUACGGCCAGGUCACGCGGCUGCAGAUUUUUCGCGAUACGAACGUGGUGGCCGUCGAGUUUGAAGCGCUCCCCAGUGCGAUCAAGUGCCUCGAGGUCAUGAACGGCCGGUGGUUUGGCGGUGCGCAGAUCCGCGCGUGCUAUGACCCGUCCAAGCCCGAGGAGCCCGAGGACGAAGACACGAAGCUCCUUGCGUUUCUGGCGUCCGUGUAA